AUGACGAAAUCAAAGAACCCCGCCAGCGGGGGAGAAGCUGCGAAAUCCACAGAACCUACAACAUCAAAUCCAAGACCGGUCUCGCCGUCGAAUAGCUUUUACGCACUCAGCGACGAUGAGGAGGGCGACUACAAUACAGUCACGCAUAUGAGCAGUGGGAGGGGAGUUAAAUUAUUGUUUUCGAAGAGCAAGGUCUAUAUCCAUCCCACCCCGUCUGCGAAAGACAAUAUACCCGGCUACAUCGCUCUUUUACAACAAAAACCCGCGCCCGAUUCUAGACCUACAUCGUCGUCUUCCACAGCAACCGCGCGCAACAAGGCCGCCUCCUCCCUCCUCCUAGCAUGGCUGCCGGAAUCCUCUCUUGGAGAUGCGCUUAAUACAUAUGUCAAGGUCGACUUAUCCGACGGAGACUCCCCACCGAGACAAUCCUACCUCGUUCCUCCACCUCCUACUUCUACCUCGCACUCCGGGUCCAGCGGCCAUUAUGCCUUUGCCAUUCCCGUCUCCGCCAUUUACAGUCUUCUUGUUCGCCCGCCUAGCUUGGGUUGGUGGUUUGGCAGUGUUAUUAUAAAUAGCCGUGCGGGCGACAGUUUUCCGGCGCUCUUCUUCCACGACUCGGAAUGUCAAAGUACGAUUUUGCAGAAGAAGAGGAGGACAAGAGAGCAUUUUGAUCCGUUUGGGGCGGAUGGAUCGAUGUUCUGGGGCGGCGAUGAGGUUUUGAGGUGGCUAAAGAGAUAUGUUGAGAUUGAGAGGAGUGGUGCGGAACCUAAUAUAUACCUGGUCGAACCGAGUCUUGAGGAUAAAGAGGGGUUUUCGAAGCCAGUGACCGCUGCUGUGGUGAGACGAGGGAGCCAGAGUGGUGCAAAUGUUAGCGGCGCUGCUGGAUCUAGUUCGAGAGGUGGAAGAGAUGGAGGUAUGGAUCCGGUCACUAAGUUUGUGAAAGAGGCGGGAUGGAAUUUGAUGGAGAAAUUCAGUAAAGUCACGACGUUUACGAGACGUACAGCCGAGAGCGUAGCGGAGAACAAAAACGUGCCACCGCAAAUGAGGAGGUUGCUUAAGAAUCCUGAGGUGCAAACUAUCCAGGAGGAGUUUGAUAGUGCGAGGAUUUAUCUUGCGAGGUGGGCUAUGGGAAUUGCGGAACAAGGAGAGCGUGAUCGCAAUAACCGGAUAUGGACGGCGAGAGAUGUCCUGGAAAUGGAGGAGACUGAUGUCGGGGAAUUUGAAUUGCUCGAUACUGAGAUUGCUGGACUUAGUCUGAAAGAGCAACGGAAGACAGUAACUCUAAAAGAGUGGAAAAGCUUUUUUGAUCCAAGAACUGGGAGAUUAUCGGUCACGGUCGAGGAAGUCAAGGAACGAAUAUUUCAUGGUGGACUAGAUGCGGAUGAUGGCGUUAGGAAAGAAGCAUGGCUUUUCUUGCUCGGUGUUUAUGAAUGGGAUUCGACUUCAGACGACCGAAUAGCUGAGCUCGCGAGUCUGAGAGAUGAAUAUGUCAAGCUUAAGGGCGCAUGGUGGGAUCGCUUGAUAGAUCUUGGUGGUGAAGGAGAGGAAGGAGAAUGGUGGCGAGAACAAAAGGGUCGAAUAGAGAAAGAUGUACACAGAACCGAUCGCAAUGUCCCCAUUUUUGCUGGAGAGGAUACUGCUCACCCAGAUCCUUCUUCACCAUUUGCAGAUGUGGGAACAAAUGUUCACCUCGAACAGAUGAAAGAUAUGCUUCUAACCUAUAACGAAUACAACCGCGAUCUUGGCUACGUCCAAGGAAUGUCCGACCUCCUCGCCCCCAUCUACGCAGUCAUGCAAGACGACGCCGUUGCUUUCUGGGGAUUCCAGCAUUUUAUGGAGCGCAUGGAACGUAACUUCCUCCGCGAUCAAUCUGGCAUGCGCAAUCAGCUUCUCACUCUGGACCACCUUGUACAGCUCAUGGAUCCAAAGCUUUAUCUCCACCUUCAAUCCGCCGAUUCCACGAAUUUCUUCUUCUUCUUCAGAAUGUUACUUGUAUGGUAUAAGCGCGAAUUCGAGUGGUUCGAUAUCUUGAGACUAUGGGAGACGUUGUGGACGGAUUAUCUGUCUAGUAACUUCCAUCUAUUUUUUGCGCUUGCGAUUUUGGAGAAGCAUAGGGGUGUUAUUAUGGAACAUCUGAAGCAUUUUGAUGAGGUUCUGAAAUAUGUCAACGAACUAUCUACGACAAUUGAUUUAGAAUCUACGCUCAUCCGUGCAGAAGCACUAUUCCGUAGAUUCCAGAGAACCGUCGAAGCCAUCGACAAGAAAUCCAACUUCCCAGCUCCGAAAUUACGGCAGCGAAAAGUCGAGGCACCUAAAUCACCCACGAAAUCUGCUGAAGGUGCUACAGCAAGUACGAGUGGUACUGAUACCGUCACUUCCGGAUCUACCAACAACGGCGCUUCAUCUUCCACUUCGCCACCGCCGGAAGAUGCGGGUAAGGGAAAGCAGAGUCCCGAUAAAGGAAAGGGUAAAGCAAGUCCAGGUGCUGAAGCAUCUGCUGGACGAGAACUUGAGGAACAGAAACCCAAGGUUAUCAGUCCGGAGCUUAGGGCGCUUCUGAGUAAGAAGGUGGAGGUUUUGCCGCGGAAGGUUGUCAGGAAGGAGGGGGAGGGGUUGGCUAAGGUUGUUGGGAAGAAGUAG